AUGGGAAAUUCAGUUUCGGAUAUUUUACAAAAUUCGUCGUUACUCGAACACACUUCUGCGGUGAUGGAAUCCUCCAUCGAUCCUAACAACAGAACCACAUCCACAACGAACUCCACUUCUGGUUCUCCUCUCACUUCAUCAUCUCGAUCACGAGGAAAUUCAAAAGUUCCAGAUAAUAUCGGAACAUUCCUUUGUGAUCUUAAUUUGUUAAAUUAUUUGAGUAUUCACUUUUUAUAUCAUUCCAAAUUUUAUUUGUAUUUUGAAUUGAUGAAUCGAGACUUUUUUGAAAAUGUUCGAGAGGAAGAAAUGAAAUACAUUCCUGCCAAAUAUUUGAAAAUUAAUUUAUAUCGAGUGUAUUUCGAUUGUCACGGACAUAAAAGUUCGAUCGAAGAGCAUCGAAAGUUACUAUUACAACAAUCUAUUCAAAAUUGUGAUCGAACUCAUCAUGUGGGUUUUGUAUUACCUUCACAUCUCACAAAGAAUGAAAAUAUUUGUCGACAAUGGAAGAUUUUAGAUUUGAAAACUUUUUAUACCAUUCUCGAAAGAGCCAAAAUCGAAUGCCAUGUACAUCAAUUAUUUAAUAAUCAUCAACAAGAAACACAAAGUCAGAAAUUCCGUGAAGAACAAUGGUCCUCCUCCUCUUCCUCUUCAACAGUGACACCAAAAAUCUCAACCUCUCCCUUGUCACAUUCUUCUCACAAUGAAAAAGCCAUUCAUGAUCUUCUUGAAAAGGAAUGUUCACACCAAUGUGACACUUCCAAAACCACAGAAGAAGAAGAAUUGUGUUGUAUUUGUAUGGAUGCUCCAACAACCAUUGCAACUGGAUGUUGUAAUUCACAAUUUUGUGAACCAUGUCUUCAAGCAUGGAAUCAAAGGAAUGAAACAUGUCCCAUGUGUCGAAAACCAUUAAAUGUGACAAAUUCGGAGGACAAGACGAAUGCAGAUUCAUGGGUGACUGUUCAGAAGGAUGAUUUUAUACUGCCACGAGAAGAAGUGGCGAAUCAAUUUUUGAGAUUUGUGAAUACAUUGGCAAAUCCUCUUCCUUUUCACUAUUGA